CGCGCCAUGGACCCUGCUCCCGACCUGGGGCUGCAGGACUCGGCCCUCAACCGCUACUUGGACGGCGACUUCUGGAGCCUCAAGGACGAGCUGUGCAGGCUCCUGGGAGGCAGCCCGCUCUUUCGCCAGAGGUAUGAUUUAAGUUUGGAUGAAAUGAGAGCUUUGACAUUUCAGAGAGUGAAGUUUACCAUGGGAUUACCUCUGUUGAAACGUGCAAUUCAAGAACAGGCAGAGAAAAAAAAGAAUUUUGUCAGUCGGAGCCUUGUCAUAGGAGAAGUCAUUUCCAUAGCAGACAUGGCCACGGGUGUCAAGUGUGGAAUAAUUUAUUGGCUGUUUGGUGGUGCAGUCAGGAAUCUGGGAAGCCCAAGACACGUGACAAAGUGGCUUCAGCCACUCCAGGAGCAGAAAUACACUGGCAUGUUUGCAAUGACGGAGAGGGGCCAUGGGAGCAAUGUGAGAGGGAUCCAGACCGAAGCCACAUUUGACCUCUCUACACAGGUAGAGAAAGUGGAGCCCAUGAAGGUUAAGAAACAUCAAAAUACAGAGACAAAAUACGGAGAUAGUCUUAGGUUGAAGGGAGUCUCCCUUAAUAGAUUCUGUUUCCGCCAAACAUUUGAGAGCUUCAUUCCAAUUCUGCUCUCCCUAGGUCUGCAUGGUGUGGAUAAUGGGAUCUUAAUAUUCGACAAGGUUCGGAUACCGAGGGAGAACCUCCUGGAUAAGUUUGGUUCUGUGGCUCCAGAUGGGCAGUACUACUCCCCAAUUAACAGCAAGAGUGCAAGAUUCAAUGCAAUGCUGGCUGCGCUGACACCUUCAAGACUGGCUGUGACUUUCCUAGCCAUGGGUUCCAUGAAGCUUGGGUUAACCAUAGCCAUUCGUUAUAGCCACAGCCGGAGGCAGUUCGGGCCCAAAGCCAAGGAAGAGGUCAAGAUUAUUGAGCACCAAACACAGACCCUCCGGCUGAUGCCUCACCUGGCCACAGCCUUGGCUCUGACCUUCGUCAGCAGGUAUGCUGGGGCCCUUCUGGACCAGAACAUCUACCAGGAUAAGGAACUGGGCAGCAGUCGCUCACUGCAGGCCCUCGUGGCAGGGCUGAAGGCAUACAGUACCUGGGAGAACAUCACUUGUCUGCAGGACUGCCGUGAAUGCACUGGAGGCAUGGGUUACAUGAUGGAAAACCGAAUCUCAGGCUUAAAAUGUGACACAGAUGUGUUUGUAACCUUUGAAGGCGACAAUAUUGUUAUGCUUCAGGUUGUGGUACGGGAAUUGCUGGCCCAGUACAGCAGGCAGUAUGAAGAAAGGCCAAUUCUCAGCCUGCUCCAGACGUGGGCUGAGUGUGGAGGUGACAAACUGAGAACUAGUUUCCUGGCAUUUAAUAUGGACACAUCUGGGAAUCUGGCCUUUCUGUUGAAAGCAGUGAAUUUUCGUGAAAGGAUUCUUCAGCGGGGGUUGGUCACCAGAAUUUAUUAUAAGGUAGUGACCAAGAAGGAGGACUUUUUCAAUGCCUGGAACUCCUGUCUUCAUCACAUCACAACUCUGUCUCUGGCACAUAUUCACAGAGUUACCUUAGAGCAGUUCUCCCUGGCAGUGAGGAGUUGUCCUGACCAGGAGGACCAGGCCUUGCUAAUGAAGUUUUGUCUGUUGUAUGGAACGAAGCUGGUGUUCCAAGAGAGAGCCUGGUACCUGGAACAUAAAUAUUUUACUCCUGUGGCCAGCGUGAGGAUUCGGAGGCAGUUACUGAAUUUGUGCCAGUCGGUGAAGGAUGAUGCCCUGAGGGUAAUCUCUGCCUUUAACAUUCCGCACACCACCCUCCAAGCUCCAAUCGCAGGGAUCGCUAAUCCAUUGGCGUCCUGGGCUUUCUACCCUGCUCCAAGGCAGCCAGAGAAAGCAGCGCGCCCUCAGCUGCCCAAGCUGGCAGCCAAGUUAUAGCGGGUGUGGUGGUGAAGAAUGGCUGCUGGCCAGAGGCUGGCUUACACACUCACUGCUGUGACACCCAAGGCACCCGGCUGGUCACAUGCUGGCUCUGAGUGACUUUGGUCUCAGAACCGAGGUCCUGCUGAAGUUGGCAGGAUGUGGGGUGUGGGCUGGCUGCUGGGAAAGGUGGCAGUGCUGUGCUUUAUCUGUAACCUCGCCUGGCCUGGCUGCAACCUCAUCAAACUUGGGCUCCAUUCUGGGCAUGCCCACAGCCAGCUGAGGGCCACGAAAGACUCCCGCUGUCCUAGGUGACUCAGAUUCCUAAAACUGUGGUGUUGGGUGAAAAAAAAAGUAAUCAAAACACAAAACUCAAAUGCCCAUGGGCAAAGUUUCAGUACAUCAAAUGAUGCUUUUCCAGUGAUUCAGGGCUUCUUAGGUUCUGUAAGGAAGUGCACAGGAAGGUCAGAAGCAACAGGAUCCUGGGCCUGGAGUCUGGUUCUUGCAAAGCAAGAGCUCUCUGGGUCCUCCCAGGCAGCUGUUGUUCUGACCACAAGAAGAAACAUUUCUUCAAGAAAACACUCAGGGAACAUUUUUCCCAUGGGGGGGGGAUUUCUUCUUUAGAAGAGCACAGAUAUAAGGUCUAAUAAAGAUAUUUAGCAAUAAUAUGGACCCCAAAUCAGAUCGAUGAGGUUUACAGUUAAAGAUAUUUAUAUAUUUUUCCCAUAUUUAGAAGCCUGUCUUCCCUGAUCCAGCUUUCUAGUCCUAUUUCCAACUCUGACAACAUCUCCCUAUCAAAGGUCCAUCAACCUUUGAUUACAGAAGCAGACCUCCCACCUACUGCACCCCCUAGUGAUCCUGGGUCUAUGCUCCCAGAGAGAUAAAGAAUAGGAAAGCUUCCAAUGGAGAGGAUGGGAUACAGAGUUCUGGUGGUGGAAAUUGUGUGGAAUUGUGCCCCUCUUAUCCUAUGGUCUUGUGGAUCAUUAUUAAAUAAUAACAA